UGCAAAUUAAGCUCCCAUCCCAAACAUCCUCAAAUAAAGCAAUUAACUUAAUCACUUUGCUUAAUUACUACAUACUAUUCAAUAGCUAGUGUACGUGGUUGUUAUUACUAUUACUAUUAUUAAUUUGUUACCGUAUGCAUGCAUGUGUACGUAGUAUGUGCGAAAUACACAAGAUGGCUAAUAAUCAUUGCUAUUUUUAUCAUAUUACUAAUAAGUUGGAAUCAAUUAAGUUGUUAAUCUUAGUGAUCCUUCUGGUGGAUCAUCAGCAAUUGGGAGCCAUAGGCAGCGGUGGCCGGAAAGAUAACAACACUUCCGGCCACGGGCAGCUGGAGAAAUGGAACUUAAUAAGGAGUUAUGGGCGGAGGAUGAUGAUGACAAUAGGAUCCGCCGCCGAUGUCAACCGUGGUGGUGGUGGUUUAUCUCCACGACUAGACCCGAAGCUGAGGGAGGCGGAGAUGAAUAAGAUGGAAAUAAGAGUGAGCCAAGAUGGGAAAGGAGACUUCAAGACCAUCCAAAAGGCCAUUGAUAGCAUUCCACCCCACAAUGCUCGGAGAGUCCUCAUCUACAUUCAACCUGGUCUCUAUAGGGAAAAGGUCCACAUAUCGAAGAAAUUGCCAUUUGUGACAUUAAUAGCCGGGAAUUCAAGUGAUCCGCCAAAGAUCACCGGAAACGACACCGCUUCCGACAUGGGACGCGACGGCCGGCCCUUGAGGACUUUCCAUAGCGCCACCGUCGCAAUCGAUGCCGACUAUUUUGUUGCCGUCAACAUCCUUUUUGAGAACACGGCGAAAGCUGACGUGGGCAGAUCGGUGAACGGCGAGCAAGGGGUGGCGCUCCGAAUCACCGGAACGAAAGCCGCCUUCUUCAACUGCGGCUUCUACGGCAGCCAGGACACCCUCUACGACCACAAGGGCCUCCACUAUUUCAAAAACUGCUUCAUCCAGGGCGCCGUCGACUUCAUUUUCGGCUACGGCCGAUCCCUCUACCAGAACUGCCACCUCAAGUCGGUGGCGCAGAACGGCGUCGCCGCUUCCCUCACGGCGCAGAAGCGGACGGCGAAGUCGUUCGCGAGUGGGUUCUCUUUCACCAACUGCACCGUCACCGGGACCGGGUCGGUUUACCUGGGCCGAGCUUGGGGCGAUUACUCGAGGGUCAUCUUCUCAUUUUCUUACUUAGACGCUCUUGUUCUGCCCCAAGGAUGGAGCGAUUGGGGUCAACCCCUCCGUGAUUCGAAAGUGUACUAUGGAGAGUACAAGUGUAGUGGGCCGGGAGCCAACACCACAAGAAGAGUGCCAUGGGCCAGAACCCUCACAAAACAAGAGGCUUUGCCAUUCAUUGGCCCGUAUUUCAUUCAUGCUCACUCCUGGCUUCUCCAACCUCCAACCUAGCUCUCUCUCAUAAUACCUAUUAUUGUUGAUUAAGUAUUAAAACUUAAAAGUGAUAGUGUUAGCAAGUUAAUUUGUUGUUGUCACUUAAAGCCUGACUCUCUUGUUAUUCUUGGUGCGUGUCAUAGUUUAUGAGUUUGAGUGGCAACUAAUUAUAGGAAUGAAUGUGUUCGUACAUGAUUUUAUUGCUCAAGGAAAAAUCAAAAUUUUGGAAUUUUUUAU